CAACACUCUACCAGAGCUACAAGCCUCUGUCAAAACAAACCAACCCCUUGUCUUAGUAUUGAAAUCUUAAAAGCUAUCGCAACUUUUUAGUUCAAACUUAUUCUUCUAGAUGUUAAACACCCUCCAAAUAUGCACGAGAAACGAGCAGAAGGCUGCAUUGCAAUUGUAGUCUUUUGCGUUAUUGUGUACUGUGCGGGUUUGGGCUCGGAAGGCAUGGAAGCGUGCGAGGUGUGUGAAUGCAUUCACAGUCUUCGCAUAGUCAACUGCAUGGGUAGAGGCCUGACGGUGUUACCUACGGGGAUCCCCAACGACACCAAAGUACUAAAUCUGGGGGAAAAUGACCUACAGAUGAUACCAUACGAUGCACUGCUAGAUUUGAAAUCGCUUAUCGUGCUCAAUGUGACAAGCAAUCGUAUUUCUUCGCCCUUUGAGGUACCCGAAUCUCUCAGACUCCUCUUUGCCAAUGGGAAUAAGCUGGAAGACAUAAAGCCCAUGGUGAAAAAUGGAAUCAACCUGGAGGCAGUGAAUUUUCCUAACAAUAAUCUGAGAGUCAUCGAGACCGAUACCUUCAAAAGAUGCCAAAAAUUAACGAGUUUGCAUUUAUCGAGCAAUCACAUCAUGGAAUUACAACCAAGAAGCUUAGCAGGACCACCCAACAUUGAUUCAAUACGGCUUGGCGGCAACGAGCUGGAAGAGAUACCGACCGGACUGUUCACUGACCCUUCGUUACAGCGUUCUGACUUGGAAAUUGAUAUUCUCGAUCUGGCAAGCAAUAGGAUAAGGUUCGUCGCUUCUGGGGCAUUUCAAGGCGUGAAAACAUUCCGUUCAGUGCAAUUGUUUUCCAACAACCUUGUAGGCCUUCCGGGAGAUAUGUUUGCAGCCUCGACACGGAUCGAUCAAUUACAAUUGUCCAGCAACCGGCUCGUUUCUGGCGGUCUACCGGAGGAACUGUUCGUCAACACGUCCAUAUAUGGAUUACUGGAUCUUUCAUCUAAUCAGCUGACAACUAUCCCAAGCAGACUGUUUCGGUCGCAGUCCGAGCUCAAACACCUCUACUUAUAUCGCAACCAGAUCAGUACUCUCAACAGGGAAGCUUUCCAGGGGAUGACAGCACUCGUAGAACUAAUGAUGUUUGACAAUCCAGUAACCUAUUUGCCGAACUGGGUCUUCUAUGAAACAAAUCUGAUGAACCUAUAUAUGUUUCAGACGAAUCUGUCAUCGGUCGGAUCUAGAUCUUUUGCAACCGCAGGUAACACCCUGACACAAAUAUCGUUGUAUGACAGUAAACUGGAGGAGAUUUCAGAUUCAGUGUGGCAAGACCUGGGUACCGACUGUUACACAGCCAUCGACAACAGUUUGAAGUUUGCACCAAGAAUAAAUCGCACCGACCUAAACAUAGAAUUGGUUGGUGAAGGUUUCGCCCAGCCUAUCGAUGUGCCGAAAGAUGUAGCGAAACAACUAGCCAAGUCGGGAUUCAAUUGCCAGCUCAAGGGCCACACGUGGCAAUGCACACCAUGCCCACGAGGUCACUACGGGACUAAAUGGUUCACAGAUCCCGAUGGCAACAGAUGCAUUGCCUGCCCUGCAGGUGGAUUUUACCAAAACAAGACCGGGCAGGUUGUUGUCGGUACUCAGUCGAUGAAUUGUCAAACGUGCAACAAUGGAACCUUCGUCACCCCGGCUGCUCACCCAGGUAUCAGUCCUGCAGAUUGCACGGUGUGUCCUACAGGCACUAAUAAAAGUCUCCAUGCAGGUUUCCGCGCCUGUCCGUGUGUGGAUAACUACUACCGUAGAGAUCGGUUUGGUGAGUGUUACCAGUGUCCAGUGGCGGGAAUCAACUGCUCAGGAGAGUAUCAACACCUCCUGCCUGGCUUCUGGUGGACCUGGGACUGGGGAUCGUCCGACACCUUCCAGUCUUACAAGGACUUUGUCCGCAACGUGCGCACGCACUCGGACUCAUAUCACCACGGGACAGAGUCGUUUCUGGAGAGUUUUCCGAGAGCGCACUCUUGCCCUAGAAAGGAGUCGUGCUUGAAUGCUGGAGACGGCAUCAAUGCCACUUGUGACAAUGGCUAUGAGGGCUGGCUGUGCUCCGAAUGCAGUAAGGCGUACUACUCCUGGUUCGAUCGGUGCUUUCAGUGCCCGACGUUGUGGUUUUUCCUGCUUGAAGUGGUAGGAGUCAUCUUGCUCAUCGUUCUAGUCAUAGCUCUGAUCGCUUGGGACUUACACAGAAACCGAGAGAGCGGACGCUCUGCCACCAGUCUCUUUCUUGCCAGAGGUAAAAUUAUGUUGGGUUUCUAUCAGGUCAUGGGCGAGAUAUUUUCUGACCUGGACGAAAUUCCUUGGCCGGAUUCCUUGAAGGAUGUCGGUUCUUUUGUGAAACUCCUGGAGGUUAACAUCAUGCAGUUGAUCAUCAGUCCACGCUGCUACUUUCCUGAUUUCACUUACCCUAACAUAUACAUUGAGUUUAUAGCUGGACUUGGCUUCGUGAUGGGGGUCGUGUUGUUGGCAUGGUGCUUCUACAUCGUCGCCGCCUGCUAUUUGCUGGUGAAGAAAACACCCGUUGUAAGGCGCAGGGAGGUUCUGUCGAGUACAAGGCAGAAUUGCUACCUAUUUGUUGUCAUUCUGCUAUUUGUUUCUUAUCCUGGGUUGUCUAGUGUUGUGUUCACGCUCCUUCCCUCAGGUUGCAACCUUUUCUACCUGGAUGAGAACGACGCAUUUAACGUCACCAGACUUCGAUCCGAUUACUCUAUCAACUGUGAGACGCAGCAGCAUGUUCACUUUAUCCAUGCAGCCGAAGCUAGCCUUUGCUAUGUUGUUGGCUUUCCACUCGUGUUAUUGCUUCUGCUAUUGUGGGGCAAACGACGAAAACAGAACACGGAGGCAUGGCACCUGGGCUGUGGAAGUCGGUGGGAUGCAUCGUUUGAAAGUGGAUUUGAACGCGGUGAUGAGCACAGCCCGCUACAUUUGUCCGGGCAGGUUCCGAGGUAUCGCAGCAUCAAUGCGACAAAUGGGCAGUCCGUAGAUGAUAACAGUUCAGUUGUUUGGGAACCAGACGACCCACCACUUACCGCUACCGGAGAACAAGGCCGCAACAAGAUCAGCUGGAAGAGCUUCCUAUGCGAAAACUACAAGCCGCAGUUCUGGUACUGGGAAAUCGUCGAGCUCGCCCGCAAGAUCGUCCAAACGCUCUUUGUGUUGCUGUAUGGUCCUGACGACCACUUCACCAUGUUUGCAACCAUCGCCAUCUCUGUUGGUUUCCUGCUCAUCCAUGCCUACGUCAAGCCCAUGAAAAACGCAGCAGAGCACCGGCUACAGAUGUUUUCUCUGGGGGCCAUCUUCUUGAACCUGUUGACGGCUUCAAUGCUUCUGCUACCUAGCGACGAGCACAGCCAAUCAAGAGAAAAGAGGAUAAGUGCUCUCGCCGUCUUCCUUGUACUGUUGAACCUCAGCAUCGUUGUUUUUGUAGCAGCGAGCCUUGUCUGGAGCGGAGUAAAGACUUUGUGGCAGCUGGGAUGUUGCGGUCGCGUGCUAGCAGGGCUUCGCAGGUUCCAUCAACGACCGCGCGGGGCAACCGUACACAGCGAGCAAUACAGCACCCAAGAGAACGCGUCCUUGCUACCUGCCAUACAGACACCUUACGCUGAACUCAUUGGAGAGCGCGGGAGAGGGCUGGAUACCCAGUAGUUAAUCCUCAGCAACAGUGUUUGCGGUAGCCUUUUGAGAUACUUACGGAACAUCCGCCGGAUGGCUGCAGUCGUUUUAAUAUUAUUGAAUAUCGUAGCAAUAAUAUACUCACUAUUCAAGAAAUGAAUUACAUCACUACUGUAUAACCCAUUAUUAUACUGUCAGCUUUCUUACCACACCUGAGACUGACAAGUUGAGAGGCGCGCGGCCCAACACACUCACCUCCACGCAAGCGCAAUAAGCAACGCGGUGUACAUGAUAACAUUUAUAUGCAGCGCGGUGUAUAUAAGGUAAUUAAGAUGGAACGUAGUGUAAGGUAUGUUAAGAGUCAUUUUGUGUAAAUACUUCAUAUAAAUGUCUAAGGUUAGAAAAAAAUCUUUUCUAUUCUUUGUGGGACGAAAGUACUUGGGGAGUAAGAAACCAUAAUAUCCUUUUUAAAUUAAUAUUUUGCAUUAUGUGUCUUUGGCUAGUUUUGGGCCAUUUUGGGGGCUGCAAAAAACUGACUUUUGGUGAUUUUGUAAAAGGCUAUCCAGCCAAAAUGGAAAAUAAUUUCACUUAACUACUUAAAUCACUGCACGGCACUGUCCUUUACCUUUUGGAACACCUCCUUGUAUUGAUUUUAAACACUUCCAUACAGCUGGAAAUUGGAACUUUUAAUUUUUUUUAACCUCAAACAGAAUAAACUUUUCAGGCCACUCAGAAUAAUUUCUCUUGGGGUACAAGUAGAAUGAACAUUGGUCUUCUCAUAUCCGGUGAGAAACCUUUGGAGUAUUGUAUACUUUUGGCGUAGAAUUGUUCCAAAUAUGGUCAUUUUUGUAAAAGAAAAAGGGGACAAAAGUCUUAGCGUUUUUCCUUUAUUUUGAGUCAAAUUCACAAACAAUGAUGCUCUGACUGUUUCUAAAGCCCUUCUCAAAGACAAAAAGGUGCAAGUUGUAUCACUGAAAAAGUCCAGUGGUGAACGGACAUUAUUUUCCCCUUCCCCCAUGCCCCGCCCCUUCAUCUCUUUAUAAAAUUGACAUUUUCUUGUAAAGUAUUGCUGCUUUGUGUAAUAAAAUAUUAUAGUCGGGUUGUUAGGUGACAGAUUUGUGCACAUGUGGAACUAAAGCAUAAAACUUCGCAUGUUAUUUGUUCACGACUUCAAGACAGUUUUCAGAUGUGGAGGCAUUUCAAAUUUGACCUCUGAUGACCUUUGUCAUACGUCUUCAAGUCAUGAUUAUAAUGAAGGUGUGAAACAAAAAUCAUAUUUG